AUGCCUCCUCGUCGCGCCUGCGACGUCUGCUACAAGCGAAAGAUCCAAUGCUUGAUCAGAUCUCCGGGAGGCACUUGUGACUGGUGCACGAGUCAGGGCCUGUCUUGUACCUUUGACAGGGUCAUCCACAAAGACCCAAACAAGAGGACUACUACCGAUGUUGUGCAGGAAUUGUCCCAGCGGGUCGAGCAGCUUGAGGAGGCUAUCCGGUCUGCCUCGUCUGGGAAUACCCCUGUCGGUGUCUCGUGGCCUGAAAGAGCAAUCCCCGAGGUUUCAAGACAGAUUCCCUAUUAUACAAAUUAUACUCCAGAUACAGGGCAGCAGGGCGAGAACGUCCAAACUGUCCGGGCGAAUACCACCGAAACGCCUGCGCCUGCCUACAGGCUGUCGCGAUGCCAGCUCGGCAACAACUGGUAUUUCAAGGGUGUAGGAAUCCUUUCAUCCCGUGGGCGCCAGUGGAUAUAUGAAGGCACGGGCCAGCGAUCCUUUCUAGAGAACUUUGACAUAUUCGGGAAUCCCAUUGGCAGUGUACCAUGUGCUUCCUCGCCUGUGUUGUCGGAGCGGGAGAGACCGCUGCCUCCUGAACCGACAUGUAGAUAUCUCUUUGGUGCUUUCCUAAGAUCAAAGACUUCGAUUGUGUUCCCAAUUCUAGACAGGGCCCUUUUUGAGGGGACCAUCUUCAGAGCAUACGAGGUGAAGAACGAUCUGGGAACUCGGUCAUCAGCAGAGGCGUGUCUCUGGGCCAUGCUUGCGCUGGUCACACGCACUGAAGAAGCCCAGCAGGUCGAAUUCUUUCCAGAAGCAGACUGUAUUCAAGAAGCCAAGCGUCUUUUGACUGUCGUCAAUGGCGCAGCGAAUCUGGACAGCCUCCAGGCCACCCUUCUACUGUGGGCGUAUCAGAAAAUGAAAGGCAAAUGUCGAGAAGCAUUGGUAUCAUUUUCAACUGCCUGCCGCAUGGUAUGCGACCUCGGCGGACAUAUCCUCCUGACCGGCCUGGUUAUCGUCCCGCAGCACAUUCCCACAUUCGACGAACAAUGCAGGCUCCACAUUCGACGGCUCUUCUGGCUAUGCUACUGCUUCGACAAAGACGCCUCCCUGCGCACCGACAACACGCCGCUUCUGACCUCAGACUACUGUGACGUAAGCCACCCGGGCGAAUACAGCCCCCAGGCAACCUGGUACAAUCAACCACGCGACACGAACCUCGCAAAGAUCAAAGAAAACGCCAGUCGCCUCCUCUGCUCACCACGUGCAUUUAAAUACACAGAGGGCGAACUGCUCGCUCACGUCCGCCAGCUCGACGACGAACUCGAAGAAUGGAGAAUAUCCACAGACCCGCCCUACCGUCCUCGCCUCUCAAUCCCACCCGCAGACUACUCCCUCUCCCUCCCCUCAAGCAUGAGCCCUGAAGACCGCACGCGUCUUAUAAAUCUGCAGCUCGAUUACCUCUCCACCAUGAUAAACAUCCACACCUUGGUUCGCAAAUGCGGCGAUCUGGAGCGGAAUCUCCCAGACGACCUCCACAGCGUCGUGCACUCGAGCGCCGACCUCUCCAUCGAAGCUAGCCGGUCCAUCUUCCGAUUCCUAGAUACCGUGGUUGAUUUCUGGAAGGAGGAUUCGGUCUGGGUGGUCUCGCAUUAUGGGCCUAUGGCUGCGAUGCCGCUGUUCAUUAACAUCCUGAUUCACCCGCUCGGACAGCCGGCGGAUAGCGACUUGCUGAUCCUGUCGGAGAUUGGGAAUAUCACGCGCAAGAUUCCGACGGAGAAGCUGUGCGCGGAGGAGAUUGGGCAUAUUCAGGAGAUUUGUGAGUUUGUGAUGGAGCUUGUGCAGCUGGGGCAUAGUGCCGCGUGGAAGGUGAAGAAGGGGGAGAGGGAGCAUGAUUUGGAUAUUAUACACCAUACAUAA